AUGUUGCAACGUGUUGAUUUUACUGAAACUGAUCCAGCCUGUAAUUUAAUGAUACCAAUUUACAAUCAAAAUAUUAUUUCACCACUGAAACAAACCAUUUUUAAAAUACGAAUUUUUGAUAGUAAUGAUCGUGAAACAUUCGAAUAUGAUGCGGAAAAUAGGAAAAUUUUACAAGUACGGGUGGAAGGUGGUCCAUUUGAACGAGCGCAAAUACAGGCUCGUUCAAUUAUCAAUCCAACAGUUCAAACAGGACGAUUCGUUUCACCGAUACCGAACUAUUUCAAACUUGUCAAUUGUAGCGGUAAUUAUGGAAGUGCUAUAAUUAACGAUGGUAUUGUAUCCAGACGACAUGCCAGUCUUAGGUGGCAACCACCGAAUGUUCCAUCAGGCGCAAUUAUCUUCUUAGCAAGUGUUAUACACUCUAAACAGUUGUAUCAUAUCCGGUCCUCUUUUCUUUCGCCAGUUUCUAAUUCUACUCGAUUAACAAAACAAGGUUGUGGUACUUUAUAUGGAUGUUUUAAAAUUGGUAAUCAUCAGUGCUUAUUUGGUGAAACAUGUUAUUUUUCACUAAAAUGGCGUUGUUAUAAGAAAUCGAUGAUUGUUGAAGCAACACAUUAUGGUCAUAUCGCUUCAUUUGGUUUAACUGAAAGCGAAAAACGUGCUGUAUUGUGUAUUUCAACAAAUAAUAAUUCCACAAUAAAUGAUUACUAUAUCACCGGUGAUUGGGGUCUACCAAAUAUUUUCGAUCGACCGCGUAGCAAACGAUUGAAAACAAUAAAUGAUGGUUUACGUACCUUUUGCCGUUUUGAAAUGGAACGACCAAGAAGGAAUACAUCGGUACUAUUAUUUGGAAAGGUUAAUUCAUACGGUCAUCCAUAUAAGUUACGUAAAUGGAGAAUACCUGGAUUAAAUAUGUGUGAUCCGAAUUCAAUUUCAUCCGGUGUAACCAGGUUAUCAUCAUCUAUUUACAUAUCAUCAUCAUCCAAUAUUCUAAGUGCCAAUAGUUACUGUUAUGUAUUUCGUAUUUUACUAAUCAUUUUGUUAUGUUUUAAUUAUUUAUGA